GGGCUCGUGCGCCGUCACUCCUUCGCUCCUCCAGGUGCGCAGCCCGCGGCAGAUGGACGCCCACCCUCCUCCGCCUCCUCGCCCAAAGCCCCGCCUCUCUGCCACCACGCAGUCCUCUGCCCACACCGCCACCGCUGGUCAACCCGCCGGAGUAAGCAGGGUUGGGAAGAUGCACAAAACCAAGAGCAAGGGAAGAGGCAGAAGCAUAGCACACUUGAAUAAAAAGCAAAAUGCUAGCAGAGCAGCACUUCAGCAAUGUGCCUCUGAAGAUCGAUUUGGUAACUUGGUUAAAUCCCGUGGAGAUAUCUCGAGCAAUCUCACGAAACAGAUAGUCUCAGAACUAUCAGAAACUAUCGUUUCUCUUGCUUCAUUCAAUGGAGAUGCGGUUGUAUCUGAAUGCACGGGAAUAUUUAUUAAAAACUUAUGUGCGGAUACAACAACUAUUCUGACUUCAGCUAAUCUAGUUGGAUCUUUAUAUGGUGGGAUUACUGAUAACUUGACGAUUAAAGUGCGUCUUCCCAGUGAUCGAGUUGUCAUUGGCAUUUUAGACCAAUAUAAUUUCGAUUAUGAUCUUGCUGUUGUGAAGAUCAAGCGUGCACGUGGUUUUCAGGAAGCACAUCUCAGUUCUAGCCAGCAUAUGCAAUUUGAAUCCAGUAGUGAGGUAGUAGCUGUUGGGCGUUGUUUCAACUCCGGCAUGUUAAAGUUCAUAAAUGGGACAGUCUUUGGCCCUGCAUGUCAUGGACUCCGUCAGCUUGUGCUCUCCACAUCUAUAAUUAACAUGGCUAUGACUGGAUGCCCCCUUGUUGAUUUUGAUGGGAACUUUGUUGGAGUGACCAUGCGACGUUGCAAUAGGACUGUAUUUGUACGAAUGAACAAAAUUCUUGAAUUCCUGCAGUACUCUGGGACAACUAGGCAUAGUGGUGCUGGUACUAAUGAUAAACGUGGUUCAAAAAGGCACAAAGCUGCUGAUAAUAAUGAUAAACGUGGUUCAAACAGUGACCGCUGUACCCAGCAUUAUAUGAGGAUAUAUGAGGCUUUUGGUUUGGAUUUUGAUUUGUUCAAACAAGGCGAAGCUCUGUUCUGUCUUACGGAAGUGGAUGCGCGGAUGCGCGUGCUCUAGUCUGCUGAACCUAUUUGUUGCUUAUGUCACUCCACUCUAUGAAGUAUCGAACCAUUUGCUGCUAAUGAGUCUUUGUGAAUGGCUACUGCUUGUUAUCGUAUAUUUUAACCAUGGUGUGCCAAUGAGAUGUACCUAUUGUCCGUGUCCAAAUGAUCCUAUUCUAAGUUGUGUAACAUUGCUGCCUUGUCUAGGAUGAAUAAUGAACCUUGUUGGUGUGUUCGGCCCUCUUCUUAAUAUACUGAAAUGCUUUGGUGUGCC